ACAUGCGUUUAUAGGCAGCUCUUGACGCCAAAGAACCAAUACCUUGGAAUAGUGCUUUCACUAAAUCGUGUAAAGAGAAGCUAAAGAGAAGCUAAAGAGAAGCUAAAUAGACUUUCAUUUCAGUUUUUCAGCUAAUUACUUACUUCUGUAAACGAAGAUGUGCGCUACAGUAAAGAAAUUGCUGCUGGUCAUCUUCGUGUCGUCCCAGAUACUCAGCUUCGCCAUCUGCACUGACGUCACGCCACAAGAUGCACAGAGUCUGCUUCAGCAAGCUCUCCAAAACCCAGACAAAGACAAAAUAGAGCAGCUCGUCUCCCUGGCUUUUCAAGCCCGAGUUGGUCGGACACAGAGCAUUUCCAUGCCUUCGUCCACUGGCCAAGUGGGAGAUAUCGGAGGCCAGAGGAAAAAAAGAUCGUUCGACCCGAUUUGUCCUCAGCAACCCGACCAGUCGAGAGUGUACAAUUUGGGCUCCAACCCGGAGGGUUAUCCAUUAAAACCCAUCUCGGACGAGUUGACUAUCCGGUCACUUCCAAACUCGGACAUGUUGUUCCAAGCUCUGGCCAGGCAAGUUGUCGUCCCCGGUCAACCACCUCUCCUGGAGCCUCAGCCACUUCUGGAGAAAGGUAACGUAUGCCCCCAAGUGCUGAGUCAGCUGUGGACAUACAAUAGUGUCCAGUUCGGGAACAUCUUCUGUUGGGCGUUAGCCAAUUUCCAAGAGGAUAUCUUCUUCAACGACAAGUGCAUGGGCUCUGCGUGCAAGGGCUGCGGUCACAGCUUUGGCUAUAGCUUCUUCGACGAGACCCGCACAGUAUGCCUGCCUAUAUAUCGCACUGUGUCGCUUUGGGCCUUCUGUCCGAGCCUACCAGCCAACAACAGAAUAGUCAGGGACCGCAUCAUCCUUCCGUCCGACUGUUCCUGCACCGCCAUCAAAUGCCAGUCAACUUUUGGCAGAAGCAGCGGGUCGUUUGUAACGACAAAGAACAUCUAAUGGAGUCGAUGGACGUGGUGUUGACAGACAUACAGCCCGAUGAAAAUUGUACAUAAUAGUAAUAUCCUAAUAAUAUUAUGUGUCACGACAAGAUGGAAUCAGGCGCUCGUCAUUUUGGGGGGCAUAUUGAUCAAAGGCAUAAAAAAUGCAAACCUAAGUUUCCAAGGACAUUCAAGCUUUAGAAGUCACCAGACUUUGGCCGCCGUUUCUUCGCUAACAUUACCUCUGACAUCAGGAGACCCCCGACUUGUUCCAUUUCAAACAUCUCGACUUCUAUUCUAGACAAAUAGUAAUUUUUUUUCACCGAACGCAAGACAAAUAAACAAGCUUUGAGGUGAUACCUAUGUAAAUCCACACAUGAAUGUGUAUUGAAAUGGACGUAUAAGGUGUAUAGUCAAGACUCGAAAAAAUUAGAACGAUAUAAAUUGUCGAAAGGUAAAAAAGAUGCCAACGUUUUCGAUUCCAUUAUUUAGCUGAGCGCCUGAUUUCACCACGAUGCCACGCAUACGUCAUUUAUCACUAGAUCUAGUUUGAGUUAUCUUGUUAGAUUACUGUAGCAUUUUAAAAAAACCAUUAGUCCCAUAUGAGAGAAAAACAUACAAGAAAUGUUUCUUUUCUUUAUUCAGGCAUUAACCUAAUUUAAUCGCUAUUUGAUUCUACUCUGCUCUUUAUAAUAACUGCCUCAUUUUCCACAAAAUAAUAUCGUAAACAACGUAUCACCUUUAAAGUUUUGAAAUAAUACAAUUUUAGUUAAUUUUUUAACGUCAUCUGUUUGUGGUAAAGCUUUUUGAAAGCCUUUCAUUUCCUGGGUAUUUCCAAACAUCUUCAGAGAUCAAAUACAAAUGACCUUAUUGAAUUACAGAUCUCACCAUCUUUUUUUCUAUCUCUCGGUCUUUUUGCCACUGUCUUUUGUUAUCGCAGUUUCUCUUUCUUUGAUCCCACCGUAGCCCGUCUCACCAUCUGUCUCCCUUUCUUGUUUCUCUCACGUUCUAACUCUCUCUCUCUCUCUCUCUCUCUCUCUCUCUCUCUCUCUCUCUCUCUCUCUCUUUCUCUCUCUCUCUAUUUCUCUCUCUCUCUCUCUCUCUCACUCUCUCUCUCUCUCCCUCUCUCUCUCCCCCAUCUAACCAUGGGACGACUAUAUUUAACAAAAAUACACUGGUUUUAAUCAGUAUGUAUGCAUUUCUUUAAAAGGUCAUGUAAACAUGUUGGACGCAUUAUCACACAUUUCAAUUUAACAUUUAUUUCAUUAGAUACAUCUUUAUUUUAAGCUUUUUAAUAUGUAGUAAAUAAAGUAAAUAAAAUCCCCUAUGUAUUCCAGCACG